AUGGCAGAAGAAUACAUUGUUUGGCUAUUGAACAUAGAUAGUAUCACCUUCAAAAAUUAUGAUUCUAAUAAUAAACAAUUUAGUGCUAGAGGGAAGAAAGAACUUUCGAUAGUCCCUCAAAAAUGGGUUAAUUCUACAUCGAGAGGCGAUGUUUUGAUGUGGCCAAACGAAAAAACUAUUGCUGAACAAGAAAUACUGCUUCGAAACGAGAAUACAGAGCCUAAGAAUUCUUGGCACAAGUCAAAAUGUCUUGUAAAACGUAUCAAUAUUGCAUCAUUUGACGAAGGCGUUAAAAUUACAGCGGAAAUGUCUGGCGAUUCUUCUUCGGACAUCAGUGUGACUUCUCGUAAAAAGAAAAAAUGUGAAAUGCAAAAGGAAAAUUUCCAAGCGAUGCUCAAUCUGUAUCCCAAUGUUCCAUUCUCAUCAGUGAUUUCAAGUUCUACAAAAUUUGUAAACACUUCCUUCAGUAAGCUUCCAAAAAAAUCGCAACAGUUUUUUUGGAUACUUCACCCACACUGUCGUCGGAAAUUACAAAAGAUAAGAUUACUACAUCUGAAAUGGCACUUCCAAAUCAAACAUACAACAAACCUAACUUAUUAUCGUUACCGGGACGUACUCUUCCGUCAAACGCAGCAGAAGAUGAGGUGGCUUCGGAUUAACAUUAGUGGUGAUUACGCAGAUAAUCGCAUGAUUUGUGCUCUUGAUAUCAUUAUGACGAAGCAGUUCCAAACUGAGUGCACUUGGACAGGCGCAAGUCGUAAGGGUCCAAAAAUACCAUUAAUGAUGUAUCGACAAAUACUAAAAGCUUUCGAAGAAAUAGGUACUAGCGAAACCGAAUUGGUAACUCAGCAGAAACUUGCAAACUUUUUCAUGAAAAAAUUGAAAAAUGCAAACAAAAGACUGAAAGCUUCUGGUCAACGGCGGAGUUCGCGUCACAUUGUACCAAAGAAGAAAAAUGAAUGCUUUCACGAUAAUUGUGCAUCUAAAUUUUCCGCCGAAUUCAUAGACCAUGCACAGAUAGCAGAUAUCGAUCCCAGUAUCCAUAAUCAGUUAGAAUCACUUAGCUCCUUAGGACUCUCCAUCCAAAAUCUAAUGACGUCUUAUUAG